AUGAGGCCAAAUAUGACUCGUCUAACCAAGAUCACUAUCGUGAUCAUGUCACUGGUUUCUGGGUCAGCCAUGGGUGAUCUACCUUCCUGCGAAACCAUCCUCGAACCGUUGAACCCUUGCGCCAAGCAACAAAAUAAUGACGUGAAGCCACCACAGACUUGCUGUGACGCUAUACAGAGCCUCAGCCGGUAUUCAAACGACAAGGAAGAUCGACACGAAAUAUGCGACUGUAUCAAGGCUGUAGCAAUUUUGGCGGGGCUGCCUAUUAAUGAUUUUUCUUGCAUUUCUUUUCUUCCUCAAGCCUGUGGCCUAUCCGUGAAACUUCCACCCAUCUCUACCGACAUCGAUUGUUCCCAGGAAGACUUGGUGCAUGGAGUGUACGUGAUGACGGAGUUUGAUAUUGUCAUUGGAUUUAAAAAGAUGUGGUUGGCGUAUUGGGUUUAUUCCCACAAGUAUAAUAGGCCGGCCAUCACCGAAAAACUUUUGGAGAGCUAG